UAGAAGGAAGAAACUUUCCCUGGAAAGUAUUUGUGGAUCACACCUGUCGGUUUACCUGCGCAUGCACCGCGCACACGUUCGCCUUCUCGUCCAAACGUUUUCCACGGAAACUAAAAUGACUUCUUGGACUUUUUAUUUCGACACGGACGGAACUCCAUCCUAACGCCAGCAGUGAGAGUGAAUUUAAAACCACGGCUUUUGAAUCAGAGGCAUUUCUGCGUCUCUGACAUGGCUCUGCGUUACUUCCUGGCCUGUUGGCUCGUUCCCUCCUGUCUCGUUUCUGGAGAGCCUCUGACGUACGGUCUCCUGGGGCAGAAGGUCCACCUGAAGCCAACCAUCACCGGACACCCUGACGAUAUCCUGUGGAAACACGAUGGCAACAAAGUGGUGGAAUUUAAUGGGAAGGAGGAACAGGUGUACAGCCAUUAUCAAAGCAGAGUCACCCUUGACUGGGUCUCUGCAGAACUCGACAUCACAGACCUCAGACAUGAAGACAGCGGAAAGUAUGUACUGGAAACAUACGUGAACAAAGAGAUGCAUCGUUUCUACUAUAAAUUGGAGGUCAUAGAUAAGGUUACCCAACCCAGCGUCUCCUGUGACGUGAACAUCAGCAGCUCUGACACACGUGGAGCCUGGGCGACGCUGACAUGCUCCGCGCAGCCCACACAGCCCCAGUCCUUGAUGAAGUAUGAGUGGGAGUCAAGUGGAAAUGUGCUGCCCGGCCCUCAGUUAACAAUAUUGCUGGGGGAUGAACAGGAUGAUAAAACAUACACUUGCAGGGUGAGCAACCCUCUGACUUUUGAGACGACGACAUUCGCUGCAAAGACUUGCUCCUCUGAUGAAAGUUCAUCUGUAGCUCUGGCUGUCAGUCUAUCCAUCUUCUUCAUCUUCCUCUUACUACUGCUAUUGGCUGUAGUGUUCUGCAAACUAAAGAAUAAAGCAUGUUUUGCAAAAAGCAACAGAGAUGAUCUGGAGAAAAGCAGUUCACCAACGGAAGAGAGGGAUCAAGACGAUGAAAAAGCCAGUUUUUUGGACAGAGCGACCACGCUCCCCUCUAAUCAGCCACUCAGACCUUUGGUCCCAGAUUAUAGCGACACGGCGACUGAUCUCCCUGACGACAAUCACAGAGAACACGAGGCCGCAGACUCGGACAAAGGAGAAGAAUCAAAGAAGGAGGAAGAUGAAAUUGAAGAUGAAAAGUCUCCUGCUGCAAAUGGCCUCUCUCCUCCUUCUCUGCCUUUGACCCUAAACUCUCCAGAUAAGGAAACUGAAGUCACAGCUGGUGAAUACGAGGACGAUGCCAACUCAGAUCAGGUUCAUGGGGAAACUGAAUCUCACUCACCAAACUUAGAGAAAAGAACUGAACCAGACGAGUCUACUGAGGAGGACCGGCCGUCCACCGCUCCUGAGCACAAUACUUCAGAAACUGCUUCACGUGAACAUCACCCAAAGUUGUCAGAGGAAGAAUCACACGCGAAAGAAGACGACCAGCCAGAAAUGGACAAAACUGUUUCUGGAGGUAAACGUGAAUCAGAUGGAGAAGAAACAGAGAAUCUAUGUGAGGACACCUCUCAGAGCCCCACACCAAAAAAUACAGACAAAACUCAAACCAAUUUGUUUGAAAAGUCUCCAAACGCUGCCCUUCCAGAUCCAGACCACCAAGUAGAAGGCGAGAGCAGGCAUGAGUCAGAGUGUGAAGGGCAGUCAGACAGCAGCGCAGCAGAGGAAGAGGACGACGAGGGUAAAACUGAGGAGGACCGGCCGUCCACCUCUCCUGAGCCGAACAUGCCAGAAACUGCUUCAGGUGAACAUCACUCAAAGUUGCCAGAGGGAGAAACACACACGAAAGAAGACGACCAGCCAGAAAUGGACAAAACUGUUUCUGGAGAUAAACGUGAAUCAGAUGGAGAAGAAACAGAGAAUCCAUAUUCAGUCACCUCUCAGAGCCCCACACCAAAAAAUACAGACAACACUCAAACCAAUACGUUUGAAAAGUCUCCAAACUCUACCCUUCCAGAUCCAGACCCCAAAGUAGAAGGCGAGUGCAGGCCUGACGCAGAGUGUGAGGGGAAGUUAGACAGCAGCGCAGCCGAGGAAGAGGACGGUGAGGGUAAAACUGAGGAGAAAACGAAGGACGAGUGUGAUCCAAAAGAAGCAAAGCCAGACAACAAGAGCGAGAGUGAGGAUAAAGAAGGAGAAAAGAAAACUGAGGCUGUUGAAAAAUGAAGUGAAAGUGUAAAUACAACAUAGCAGAAGUCAGCAGGAUAAUCAACUGGAAUAUAAUUUAAAAUGAACAGCGGGUGGAGGACUUUCAAACAUCAGGGCAGAAAAACAUCAACCUGUUGGACUGAAAGAAAAUUAUGGAGAGAUUCACAUUCAGGAAGAGCCACUGGGACAAAUUACCUAAGUAAACAAAAAAGGACAGUUGUUGGGUCGAAGUCCACAGACUGAAAGCCAACAUGUGAUUUAUGCAUCGUUGCUUUUGUUCUUUUUUUUAAGGAACACAAUACAAAAUGUGUCAUUCAAAUGAAUUAUUACCGAUACGUAAGUAUGACAGAGUUAUCCACCUUUCUACACAGAGAAAGACGAGCCUGAAUUGAAAUGACACUACGGAAAUUACAGUGUUUGGGUAAUGACAGAAUAACACAUUAAUAACUCAGAGAGUAAAGAGAGAGAAAUUCUGUCAUUUAAACUUGUCAGUAUCCUUCUCUUAGGAUUCCCUCUGGUCCUGCAACGUUAACCGACUGCAGAAGGUUCAAAACAUAUUCACACUCCUGCAUGUUUUUCAUAUUUUGUUUUAUUGCGUCCUGCUAAUAUUAGGUAAAUCCCUCAUCCCUCUACAAUCAGUUUCCCAUAAUGAUAUAUCAAACACAGGAUUUUAGAUCGAUCUCCUAACAGAUCAGGUCUCAUAACGCAUGUUGGAGCAAAAACGAGCUUCAAGAAUCCCUCUAGAGUCAUAAAAGACUCAAGAAUAUAUAGGAUUUUAUGGUGCUUCAUAACUUUAUACAUUCUGUAAAUGUUAACCUCAUUACAUGCUUUAAAGAAUAUGUUAUCACAAAUAAUUAACAAUCCGAUAUGUAGUCAAAAUCAGGAUGUUUUUUAAUAUUCACUAAUCUAUCGAUGUCAUAUUUUUUUAGAGCUCAGGGUUUUUUAUUUUUCAGCACUGAUAAUUUAUUAAUUGAUUGUGAUUUCCAUUUGUGACAGUACAGUUACUUUUUUUUAAUCUUUGAACUUUUUAUUCACUUUUCUCUUGUAGUUUUGCUUUUAGUUUGAAAACCUUCACUACAUUUAUCAGUAAAUAAAACAAGUGUUUUAUGGAGUUAUAAGAGUUUGGAUUCUUUCCUUUUUAGUGAACGUGCUUGUUUUUAGAUUCCUUUUUAAAGUUUGUUUUCAUUUAGUUUGGUACAAUGCAAAAAAACACGGAUUUUUUGUUUAACAUCUUAAGACUAUGUUUGUUAUAGAUAUGCGUUAGACUGCAAAUGUAUAACCAUCAUUGACAAAAAAGUACAGUUGCUGCAUGAAGGAUCUGUAAUAGUAUGUUUGUAUCAGUAGGGGGCAGUGUUUAUCAGUUUUAGGUGAGAAUUUAGUUCCUUCAGCUGAGAUGGUUGAAGGAUGUUCUGGGCUCAAAAGGCAGGUUCCAGAAAUACAGAGAAUAAAAAUAUUAUAGUGAAAUUUGUUUUUUUUCACCAAGUUACUGCAGAACUUCUAUGUAAAAUGUAAUCUAUUCAUGCAUGUGAUAUUUCAAGACGGUGUUGAUGAGGAGCUUUAUGUAGGAAUGUGUGAGUCUGAUCAGCUUCACGGAUAAUAUCCAGAAAAGUUCCGAGAUAUUGUUUGGUACAGUUUAAAUGAAAUGUGUCUUAUCAUCAUGCUCUAUUCCGCUCUCAGGAAUAGAGCAUGAUUCAGUGUACAGUGGAUUCAGUGAGUAAACGUGUACACAAAGGUUCACCCUCUGCUGGAUGACAAGCUGUUGUAGAUUUCUGAGGGCACCGGCUGGGCCAUGUGAAAAAGUGACGCUCGAUUAGUUUAACCUCGGAGUCACCGAGAAGCCUGUGAUCUGCUACCGCCCGACCUGCAGGUUCAGGGCACGAGCUGAGAAUGAACAAUAUCGAGUUUCUGUUGUCGCAACAGGAAAUAUUGGAGUAUUGAAUUAUUUGUGGCGUUGGGGCUCUGCCUCCUCACACGAGGGUCACAAUGUGGUUCCACUGAGACGCUGCUGAUGAGUCGAUAGCAGCAGGGAAGCUCACGUCCUGGGUCAGAGUCCUCCAGCAAUGCUUUGUGUCACGUAUUUAAUAUCAGUAUCCUUUCUCCGGGAUGAUUGUUACAGCAGAAGAGCUUUUAUUCCCCCCAGAUAUUGAAAGAAUGAGACAAUGUGACAUACAAGCCCCUUGUUGUCCUUUACUGCCAGACUGGUUGUUUCAUUUUCUUCAUCAUAUGUUUACUUCACACUGGAGUGUCUUGUUCUCUCAGACCAAGUUCCACUUUCCCCCCCCCUCGGACUGUUUUGGUCCUUUUUUUUUGGCCUCGCUGCAAAAGGAGAGCGAGGGGGAGAGGAAGAGAAAAAGAGUGGGUCGACCUCCAGAACUGCCUUUUAUACCAGGUUGAUUAGCAUGCUGGGCUGUUUAAGUUGCCUCCUGGAGGGCUGACGUGAAAUUGAACAAUAUCCUCUGACUUUCGCGACCGGCCCCAUAGCUUCUCAUUUAUUUUUAUGCAGAGUUCGGACAGAGCCCUGGCACCGCUCCACUGCUCCGAGGAAGCAGAGCCCAGGGAGACCACGUCUGGGUAGAUUAGGACAAAUCAAUUAAUAUCAGCACACAAAAAAGUCCCUGGCUCUUUCUGGGCCAUGCUUUAUUGUGUACAGUGCGGCCCGGGUGCCCACUAUAAUUAUGUGGAUAAAUUGCUAAGUGUGGUUGCGACAUUAUAAUGAAGUAAUAUCCCCUUCCUAUCUCCAUAAACAGCUUUUAUUAAAUCCUGAUCGACCCUGCGACCCAACUGUAUUAAGGAGUAAUGGCAGAGCAUUGUUUGUCCCAGUUAUUAUUUUACUACAUUUAACAAGGUUGCCCUCUUGGAUGAUGAUGUUUAUGACUGUGUACUUGGGUCCAACUCAAGCUGCAUGCUUUUAAUUUCUGCUAACAUUUGGUCGUCAUGUAUUAUUCAAAUAUGCCCAGGGCAGAAAGAUUAUUAUACCCACGGCAGAAACCGGCACAGUGGAAACACUUAUUAUAACUCUUAGACCUAUAAAGGCUACAAAUGGGGACUGAUAAAACAGGUAGAGGUAGGACAAGGAGAGUUGUUUGUCCUCCCUGACCAAAUAUGAUCUCAGACGUCAGGGGUGAUUUAAGUAGCUUUAAAUAUAGCUCAGCUCCUUUUAUGAUUUUUAGAUCAUAAAAGCCUUGCUCUGCAGGGGAGGGAGUUAUGACCAGAUAAUAGCAAGGAUGAUAUAUACAGCUGUAAUGUUGUCAUUACUUCACUAACGAGAAACCGAAGUUGAGGAUGUUAUCUACUGUUCGAUCUGUGAGACACAACCACUACUGCAUAUGUUCGUAUUUACCACAAUAGAAAUAGAUUUUCUCUCUGUCAGACUUUGUGAUUUUUUUGUUUGUUACACGUUCACAUGAGAAGAGCACUUGCAGAGUACAUGCGUCCGCCAAGGCCCAACAGUCCCUUUAAUGAAACCGAUUUACUUGAUCAGGUUUUUUAUUUUGAAAGGCUCCAAAUUGCACACACUCAUAAACAUCCUAGAAACAUGUCCGAUUUAUUUUCAUCAAGGUCCAUGAAUUGUUCUCUUGAGAAAUCAACAGAACGUUGAAAAAGCGACCUCACAAUGUUAAAGAAAGUGAAAAACAAUUCUUGGACCUGCAACAAAUAAAUGAGUCUACCCUCCACAA